AUGCGUUGUUGCCAAACCGUGGUUUUGUUGCUCUUUGGAUGCAUCACUUGCCUUCAGUUUGCUCCAGCUAUUACAGACGGUCGUGUGUUUGUGCUGGAGUUGAGUAACUCCACUGGUCAAGGAGGACACAGAGAUGCUGAGAGAGCUUGUGCUUCACAAUACGCCAGACUUGCCUCAGCAGAAGACCUCAAACAGGCUGUGGUUGACUGUUUUUUCUCAACAUGCACCCAUGGGUGGCUAUAUGGGGGCACAGUGGGAAAAACAGUGUGUAAAAUGGAGGGCAGUACACUUAAAGCUGUAGAUGUAAGAACUGACAAUGUGACGGAGGACAUCACAAAGGCCUUUUGUAUCAAAGAUAAAGGUAAACCGUGUGGUGAUCCCCCCUCCUUUCCUCACGCUCACCUCCAGGGCCACACCGGCUUUGAAUUGGGAGAUGAACUGCUGUACUCCUGCAUGCCUGGUUAUGUUAUGCCUGAAGAAAACAAUGCCUUCAGUCUGUUGUGUGACAGCUGUGGAGAGUGGUAUGGUCUGGUUCAACUUUGUGUAAAAGAUGAUGGGGAGAGCCAUGUUGACUACGAGGACAAGUUCAUGGACUCUUACAAGCAGCCAAAGGGUCCAGAGGAGGCUCAAAGCCAGGUCUAUCAGGAGGUGCAGGAUGCAAUGUUUCAGAAUGAGAAGACAUUUCUGGAACACUCUGAGAUAACCUUUGAUGUUGAUGAGGCCGAAAGCCAACAUGAACAAGCAGCAUUAGACGAACCUGCAAUGCCCACUGACUUGAGUAAGAAACUGCUCGAAGCUCCUUUAGGAGGGGAACAUGCUGAAGAAGGUGAUGAUGGCGAUAUCAUGGUGAAUCAAAACUGGAGCCAGGAGAUGACAGAAGUGGUUAGGACUGAAGAAAUACCAACGACACACUCCCCUGUGUCACUACUCUCUCAAAAGCACAUGUUCUGGUUUCCAUCAGAGGCCUUUCAUGACGGACAUCCAGUCUCCAUGAACUCAGCCACUCAGAGCUCCACAGGUGUCCAGUCAAAUGAGAGCAAGGAGCAAGAAAGCAGGGAACAGGACCAACAGCAAUCAGUUGAUCCAGUUGAAACAUUUGACAGCCAUUUGGACAACCGUAACGACAGCCAAAGCCACGAGCACGACUCCCUGGACAGCCACCAAGAGAAAGACGACCAUGUGACUAUUUUUAUCCCCACGCAGCACAACGUGGACAUUUCAAGUCAUGACGGCUACGAUGACUCUCACCACCAUGAUGAUCACUACGACAUGGGAGAGCAUGACGAGGACAGAAUCCCCAGCCGCUACGACAGCAGCGAGCACCAGGAUCCGGAGCAGACUUACGACGAAAGCUUUGAGGAUCACAGAGAUGGACAGACAGAUGUGUCCAAGGAGCACACAAGUCAUGACAACUAUGAUGAUACAGAAGAACCCUAUAACCCAGAUGACAACGAUAGCUAUGAGGACAACAGCCGGCAACAUGUCAUUUUUACAAUAGAUAGUGGAAAACAGAACGUGUCCCGAAAGGCCACAGGAGCAAAAGCAACAACUGAUGACACAUGGUUAGACGGAUAUCCAAUUAUGCAAAAAGAAGUUGGGCAAGACGACGCCACAACAGGGAAAGAGCAAGACCUUCAGAUGACGGAGAACCCAAAUGAAAUAGAUGCUUUUCUUAAUACCGGGAUUCCAAAUACAGAGACAAGCUUGAAUGAACUGGAAAAAGAUGGUGCAACAGCUGCUGCCCGCCCAGAACCCUCGGACUCUCAUUCAAACUCUGAUCCAAGUGACUACGACACGCAACAGGCCGCACCCACCAACACCUGGUUUGGAGACCUCACAGAGCACCCUUACCUUGAUCAGGGCCCUGUACCACCCCUGAAUGAUGUGGAUAUUCUGGCUGGGCCCGGAAGUAUAAAAGAGCACACCAUCGACAACCACCCGGGGCAAACGGGUGAGAAGGGUGAGGUGGAGGGGGAGAAAGGGGAGGCAGUGUGUGCGGAUGACAACUGCCCGCCUAGACCUCCCAGUUUGUCACGCAGAGGUCCGACGGUGGCAGCCAUUAUUAUAGCAGUGUGUGUUGUGGCUGCGGUAGUGAUCAUGGGAGUGUGGUGUUACCGACGGCAACUGCAGAAAAGUUCAGUGUAUGAAAUGAACGGGAAAGGGCAAAGUCAGAAGAGACAUGGACAACAGAUAGAGAUGCAGCAGAAGGUCUAA